UGAAAAAGUGAUUGAAAAAAUUUGAAUUAAAAAUUUUUAAGAAAAUUAUAGAAAAAAAUCUGUUGUAUGACAAGUGUCUGUCUGAAUAUUUCGUUGUCUAUUUUUAUACGCAUGCGCAAGCGCGAGUGGGUCUGAGAGUGUUUAAUAUUUUUCUCGCCAUUUUACCUUUUAACAAUUUUCGCAGUUUUCGUUGUUUUCUUUAACGAUAUUUUCUUUUAUCCUACGAAAAAAAAAUUACAACAAUCAUUGCAAAAAGCGAGAGAGAGAGAAAAAUAAGAGGAAAUCGUGCUGUAAAUGAGUUUAUGUUUAAUUUUUUCGAAAUUAAAAUUUUUAAAAGUCUUAUCAGUUAAACUAAACCGAAAUCAUUUUCUCUAGUUUUUUGCGUUUUGUUCCUUGGAUUAACACCCUGCCUAGCCGAAUUUUGUGGAUUACCUUGCAUUUAUUGUUAAGCUUGCUUUUUCUUUACUUCUUCUUCAAUUUUAAGGUCAUCACAAAAUACCCUAAGUAGAGGGUUUCGUCAGAAUGAAGAAAGCCAAACGGUGGAGUUCAAUAGCGGCCGCUCUCUUAGUUUUAGCCAUAGCCCAGCAGAUUGAAGCUGGUGCCCCAUUCAAAAAAGUUUCCAUUGCCCCCGCUUCAAAGACAUCAACGACAACAACGCCAUCGUUGGCAGCGGCGGAGGAGUCAAACUCUGAUGAAUCUUCCACAGCUGAGGUGAAAGUGGAAGAACAAAAGCCAGAAGCCACACCCAAACCCAACUCCAGGGAAUCGAAAUUGACUGGAAUACCACAAAUCGAUUACAUUUGGGAUCCCAAUUUACCCAGGGAAUUGAGAGGAUACAACCUCUCCACAUAUCCAUUCUUGUCCACAACGCCGCAGGACGAUGAAAUUCAUUUCAAGUGUGAUGGAUUGCAUGAUGGUUUCUAUGCAUCCAUCGAAUACAAAUGUCAGCUCUACCAUCACUGCGUCUAUGGCAUAAGACACGAUUUCCUUUGCGCCAAUUUUACAGCCUUCGAUCAGAAAACUUUCAUUUGUCAUUUUGCAUCUGAUGUGGAUUGUGAAGGUUCUACAAAAUACUGGAACAGAAAUGAUGCCUUGUAUAUGGCCACCACAACUACCUCGACAACAACUACCACCACAGAGCCACCACCAACACAACGCCGACGCCCUGUAAGACCCCAAAGACCUUUGCGCAGACCUGGUAGUCGCCGACCCAUUGAUGAUUACUAUGAUGAGGAGGAAUAUGAUGAUGAUUACUAUGAGGAGCGUCUGAAUAAGAGACGUAAGCAUAGGCCAAGGCAACGCAAACCUGUGGUGGACUAUGAGGAUGAGGAAUAUGAAGAUGAGAAACGCUCUUUGGCAGAUGAAACUCCCAGACGCCCCAUUUCACGCAAUCGUUUCCGCGAUGAAGUCGAUGCUGAAGAUGACUAUGAUUUCGAUAGACCCAAGUCUAAAACGCGCAAUAAGCCCACACCAGCAGCAGAAAGACGCAAAAUAAGCAGCCGCAAGCCGGGAGGAUUUUCAUCGGGACGCGCUAACCCCGAUGAAAGACGUAGCUUUAACGAUGAUCGUCCCGCUGCCGGUGGACGCCGCAAACCCGUUGUUCCCCCGGUGGAUGAUGUUGAGGAUACCGAAGAGCUGCCACCACGCCGACAAGCUGGUCGAAAACGGAUCAAUGAAAAGCGCUCUUCCUCCACGGCUGCCCCUGAUCUCGAUGAUUUAGACGAAUACGAGAAGCCAAAUUCCAAAAUACCAGAUCAAGAAGAGGCGGCCGCCGGUGAUGAUGCCCCACCUAAAGUGAAAACUACCCCCAAACCCUUAGAGGAAUUCAUCACCCCCAAGGCAGCUUCGGCUUCAUCGGUUUAUGCAAGGCCACGAGCUCCUCCACGCAUUGCCCGACCUGUGCCCAUAAAUGAAAAGUCUAAAUUUAAAUAUCCCAUACAGAAGACUGCCACAACUUCGGCGCCUCCGUUGGGAGCCGAGGCGGAUGAUGACUACUAUGCCGAGGAUGAUGAGUAUGAUGUAAAACCACGUGGUCCAUCCAAGAAACGCAUAGCCGUCGAUGAUUUGCUAUCCGAUGAAGAUGAUGAUCUGCCGCCCAGACGUAGUGCUAUCAACCGUAAACCCACUCGAACUCUGAGAAAACCUUUGACAGGCAAGAAAGUCAUAGACGAUGAGGAAGACUACGAUUUGGAUCGCGAUCGUUUCGAUGGACGAGGUGGCAGCCGCCGCAGAAAUCCCCUAACUGGUCGUACACGUGGCCGCCACUCACAAGAUGAUGUGGAUUUCGUAGACGAUGACUAUGACGAGCGUCCGGCGAAACGUGCGCGUCCCCAAACUUCAGCACGCAAAGGUCUGCUAAAGAAACAGAAACUUCCAGAACCUUCAGAAGAAAUCGUUGAAGAGGAAGAGCCAGAAAUAGACACAAAGCCCCUUAAGAGCAGAGGGCAGGCUGCAACAGUCAGGCGCAAACCACUGCCUGCCUCUCCAAUUCGCUCGCGUAACCCUGCACCUCAGGCGGAUGCGUUGUCCAGUGGCAACAAGGAACUCGAAGACUCGUCAGCACCAGCCGAUGAAUCUAUCUUGGAGGAAACGGAGCCUUCGAGUAAAGCCAGUUUACCCACCAGUCGCCCAGCCUCGGUACGUGUAGUUAAACGACCAUUCUUACCAUCUCGUGGUGGCAGUCCAUAUCUACCAAGAGGUCUGCAGCCUGUCGGCCAGGCCCAUGGCAAGCAUCAAGCGGAGUCUCAUGCCACCACCGAUAGUAGCACCAUGGACAUAUUGUCAACCAUGUCGGGUGUGCAUUUGCUAGAACAUGGUGCUCCCUUGUUGCGCGGUACCACAUUGCCACCACGUAGCCCCAUACCAACAUCUAAGCCAAGGCCAGAGUCGGUGCAAUCGAAUAAAGCCACCUUGGAUGAGCUCUACGAAAACGAUUACGAUGUUACGCUUAAUGAUGCUUUAAAUCCAACGCUUAAACCUCUUUCGCCGCAUCAAUCUAGCCACCACUAUCAUCAUCAGCAUAAUCAUGUCGAUAACAUCAACAACAACAACAAUAAUAAUCGUCCGUACCAGAGUUAUUAUGAUAUCCGCAGGCGAACGGUCAUCUCGUCGUCGAGCUCGCAAUCAAAUCGCCAAACCGGAACCUCAAGAGUAGCAGCACCACCGCAACCGACCUAUUAUGAUGAAUAUGAAUAUUAACUAAACAAUCAAAAAACAUAGAACUGCCAAUUCUCUGGGUGAGAGAAUGGAUUUCCAUCGAAUGGUCUCCGAAAAAUAUCUCCCCACUUGUAAAUAUAAAUUCUUAAUCAUAAAACACAACAACAACAACACUCAACUAGAGAUGUGAAUAAGGCAUAAACACAUACAUAUGACAUACAUCUUCAAAGGCCAAGUAUUUGGUGUACAGGACUUGUAAAGAUGAUGAUGACAACAAGAAAGUAGCAAGAAGCGGUACAUUCAUAGGAAUUAUUCAGCAUGACUUCAACAUUCCAUUGUUCCCAAUUGUUAUGAGCGCCACACAUAGGAGUUGUUUAUAAAUAAGUGUUUCGUAUAAUUAUAAUAAUAAGCUUACCUUCUCUCUCUCUCCCUGACGCUUUUGCUCUCUCUCUCUCUCUCUCACUCAUACAAGCAUUUCGUAUCUUCUCAAUAUUUCUCAUUAAUUAUAAAUACUCAAAUUUCGUGAUAGUUAAAAGAAACGCGGACAAAAUUGUAUUUGUCUUAUUUAAAGAAAAUGAAAAAAGUAGGCUUGCAAAAAGCUUAAUGAAAAUUAUUUACAUAUUCUAAAUACUUAAAAGAAGAGAUAAUCAAAACUCCUUAUACAAAUAUUCAUUCUAUUAUACUUAAUGUAUUUUUGUUUUUAGUUUUUUUUUUUUUUUUGUUACUUCUUUCCUAAAUUAUGUUAUUUAAUACUGAAAAAUACAAAAUCCAACAACUUUUCCAUAUUUCAAGUAAAUUAAAGUCUUUGUGAAUGCAAAAAAAAACAAG